AUGGAUUCUCUUACCGGCGCAAAGGUGAUCGCCCAGGCUCUUCAUGACCUUGGAGUUUCCGUAAUCCAUACCCUUGUCGGAAUCCCAAUCGCCGACAUUGCAGAAGAAGCCAUUGACUUGGGAGUACGGGUGAUAGGAUAUCGAAAUGAACAAGCCUGCAGCUACGCAGCUUCAGCUUAUGGAUACCUCACCGGCCGACCCGGGGUAUGCAUCCUUACUGGAGGACCAGGUAUCCUUCACGGUAUGGCCGGGAUGGGGAACGCCUCAACCAACUCGUUUCCGCUCCUGGUUCUCGGAGGCUCCGCCGAGAGUACACUGGUCACCAAGGGUGGCUUUCAAGAGCUUGACGCCAUCACUUUGUUAACUCCUCAUACGAAGACGGCCAUCCGACCAGCGUCCAGAGAUCCUUCCGUCAUCGCCGCAGCCAUUCGUAAUGCAUACCGAACGUGUUGGUACGGUCGACCCGGUCCAGCCUUCGUUGACUUGCCAACCGACCUGAUCAUGGCACCGUCUCCGAUCAAACGAUCCACGUCCCACCCAGCGAUAUCGGUCUUGAGUCCCCCCAAGCCUAUGGCCGAUCCGAUUUUAAUCGCCUCCGCGGCGGAUCUUGUCAAGUCCUCUUCCUCUCCGCUCGUCAUCGUGGGCAAAGGCUCUGCCUACGCCCGGGCGGAAGGGCCAAUACGGAGCCUCAUCUCGACACACCACCUCCCCUUUCUCCCGACACCAAUGGGAAAGGGCAUUGUUCCAGAUUCUCACCCAUUGAACGCUUCCUCCGCCAGAUCCACGGCCCUGAAGCAUGCUGACGUGAUUCUCCUUCUCGGAGCUCGAUUGAACUGGAUUCUCCAUUUUGGUGAGUCCCCCAAAUACCGCCCCGACGUGAAGAUUAUCCAAGUCGACAUCUCGCCCGAAGAGCUCGGCCGCACAAACAGCCUGGGCCAGCCUGCCCUGAGUAUCUUCGGCGACAUCGGCCUCGUCGUCAACCACCUUCGGCAUGAACUAGGCGAAUGGAAAGCUUUCCCCACUCCGUCAAUCCGUUCACCGCCAUCCCAAUCGGCCCCAUCGUCAUACCUGACCCUCCUUGCAGACAGCGCCGCAAAGAACGAACAGAAAUCUCAGCGCCUCGCCCAAACCUCCACCCCACGCCCCAGAGCGCUCACAUACGAGCGGGCAUAUCAUAUUAUCAGAAUGGUGCUCCACGCCCUUUCACCACCUGAGGACGGUGGGAUCGUCUACAUCUCUGAAGGCGCCAAUACAAUGGACAUUUCACGCGGCGCGUUUCCGCUCGAACAUCCACGCCAGCGCCUCGACGCCGGGACAUGGGGUACAAUGGGCGUGGGACUAGGCUACGCCAUUGCUGCGUGGGCAGCGUACAAUCUACCUGGCGCUUCGAUCGAUAAAGCCGACCCUUCUGGAUCAGUCCUCGAGUACGAUACCAAUCUGCAAAAGCCGGUUUCCAAGAAGAAGAAAAUUAUUGCUCUGGAAGGAGACUCGGCCCUGGGCUUCUCUGGCAUGGAGAUCGAAACGAUGGCCCGGCACAAAAUGGAUGUCAUGGUGGUUGUCAUGAAUAACAGCGGCAUCUACAAAGGUGAUGCUCUGGAUGAGCCAAGUUGGAACGCCCUCCAGCAUCAGACGGUCGCAAACGACACAGCCAUUCGCACCACCGCUAACUCUGGCUCAGGAGGAUCGCGCCCAAUGAAUCAACCACGAAAAGGCCUCCGAAGCACCUCACUUCUAUAUGAAACCCGCUACGAGGCCCUAGCUGCCAUGGUCGGUGGUGGCGGCUAUUUCGUGCGCACGGAAGAAGAGCUUGCCCAAGCCUUGAAGGAGGCGUUCCUCGAGACCGCAAAAGUCUGCGUCUUGAACGUCAUUAUCGAUCCUGGUCUCAACAGUCAUGCGAGUUUUGGCUGGUUCGAACAGAAAGAGAAACAUGGCAACGGCGCCGAUGGCGGAAAGGAAAAGACAAGCAAGUUGUAA